CGGCCUGUUCCGCGGCCGCUCGGUCAUUUUCGCCUCUUUGUUGUACUGCUCGUGGAUUUAAACUCGGAUCCGACCCGAUACCCGGCCGAUUCUGGCGCCCACCGAACAGGCUCUGAUGAGAGGCUGUCCAUGAUGCUGAGCUAAGGCCGUUGGCUGCACACCCGCGGGAAGAGACGUGGACGCUGCCACAUCCACAGCCCACGCAUGGCGGUUUUAGGGAACCCCGACAUGCUGACGAGGAAGAUCAAGCUGUGUCACAUCAACGCCCACAUCACAUGUCGACUGUGCGAGGGCUACCUGAUCGACGCCACCACCGUCACGGAGUGCUUGCACACGUUUUGUCGAAGCUGCCUUGUGAAGUAUUUGGAGGAAAACAACACGUGUCCCACCUGCAGGAUUGUUAUUCAUCAGAGCCAUCCACUACAGUACAUCGGCCAUGACAGAACAAUGCAAGACAUUGUUUACAAGUUGGUACCCGGACUUCAAGAGGCGGAGAUAAAGAAGCAGAGGGACUUCUACCAGAAGCUGGGCAUGGAGGUUCCUGGCGACAUUAAAGGGGAGCUUUGCAACGUGAAGACUCAUCUAGACCAGCACAAUGGGGACGCCAAGUCAGAAGACACGCCCAAUAAGGAAGCGGGAGAGGAGAAACCAGAGGAGGACAACGACUAUCACCGUAGCGACGAGCAGGUCAGCAUCUGCUUGGAGUGCAACAGCAGCAAACUACGAGGCCUAAAGCGAAAAUGGAUCCGCUGCUCAGCGCAAGCCACCGUCCUCCACCUCAAGAAGUUCAUCGCCAAAAAGCUCAACCUGACGUCGUUUAACGAGUUGGACAUUUUAUGCAACGAGGAAAUCCUGGGCAAGGACCACACUUUGAAAUUUGUGGUAGUCACAAGAUGGAGAUUUAAGAAAUCCCCCCUCCUGCUCCAUUACAGACCCAAGAUGGAUCUGCUGUAGCGAAAAUGGACUCUUUAGUUUUUUUUGAAUUAUUAUUAUUUUAUAAAUGACCUGGCGUCCGCAGACUGUGCUGAAACAUCUUUUUAACCAACGUAUGCAAAGACGAUCAACCAACAGCGAGCAAACGCCACAACAAAACGACACUCACACAAGCCAGCAGCUCGGGAUGGUCCAAAAGAGGGCGGGGCUUACUCCUCCCGCGCAGGUACCGCAACACUGGCGUUUUUUUUUUUCGUUUUUUUUUUUUUUUGUAGGAUCAAAAGCGACCUUUUUCUCGUUGGUUUUGUGCGCUACAUCCGAGAUAUGUGAAGAGAAAAAGGAGAUAAAGCAUAUAUUUAUACUUUUGUACAGUUUAAGAGACUAAAAAGACACUACUGGUGCUCUGUUUACAUGCAAAUGAGAUGUCGGGAGUCACAUGACCUUCUUUUGGCCAUUGGAAGCAAAGGAUGGUUUUAUAAGAAUUUUUUUUUUUUUUUUUUUUUUUCCCCCCCAUCUUUCUUUCUCCAUCUCGGGAGCACGGAGAGUUUUAUGGAAGAUAUUUUAUAAAGUGUCCAUCUUAAUCCGCUUAUCGAGUAAAAUAUCUCUGAAUGUGUCUUCCCCCGCCCCUCCCAAGCCCCUCCCCUUUUUUGUUGUCUCAUUUGCUAUUGAUGAUUGUCAAUUGUGAGCAGGCUGAUUUGUGUAGUAAUUUAUGUUCCAUGUUGUACAUAGCGUAGGGAAGGGCAGACGUUAGACUGUUAGCGCAUCCAGAAGUGCUAUCUAUAAGGAAUUGUUUUAACACAGACCUGCUAGCAGUAUCAAAAUAUAUACUUUUUCUUUGUUGUUCCACCUUUUUAAGUUUUGGACGUCCACACCUUCCGGCAGGUUCCGACAAACGCUUCCAAACACCGUAAACGUUCGCAACUUUCUAUCAAUAUAAGUUAGCCGCCGUUAGCGGCGAGCUAAGGUGGCGACGGCGUCGUCGAAUUUGCAUAAAUGACCAUGAUGUAUUUGGGUGUCAUUUUUGUGGGGAAAGUAAGGAAAAAAAACAUGAAAAGUGUUGAGAAAUUCUAAUUAACUCUUUUUGGGUGUUGUUGGUUUUUUUUAUGUCACAAGAGGUGGGGGCACAGGAGCACUGGUGAGUAAUGGAGAGUGUUGAAAAAGACCAAAAGAAGUUGCUAGUUGUUUUUUUUUGGGGUCUGAAUGCACUUGCUAAAAUUGGCAGCGCUUAUCCCUCCUGCUGUGUCUUCUUAUUCUCUGGCAGACCGUUUAAAAAGUUUAAAAAAAGACCCAAGAAGAGUUGCUAGUCGUGUUUUUUGGGGGUCUGGAUUUACUCGCUAAAUUGGCAACGCUGAUCCCUCCUGCUGAGUCUUCUUAUUCUCUGGCAGACCGUUUAAAAAGUUUAAAAAAAGACCCAAGAAGAGUUGCUAGUCGGGUUUUUUUGGGGUCUGGAUUUACUCGCUAAAUUGGCAAAGCUGAUCCCUCCUGCUGAGUCUUCUUAUUCUCUGGCAGACCGUUUAAAAAGACCAAGAAGAGUUGCUAGUCGUGUCCUCUUAUCCUCUAGGCACGUAUAAAGCACGACAAGAAGCAGCGUUACGAUACCAUCUACUGUAUCGCGCCGAAUGCCAACGCCAAACUUUAGUCGCCACGGCGACUGCCUACAAGAAGGCACCAGACUCACAUUUCACGUAAAUGUAUUUUCCCCUUGACUCACAUAUGAACUUGAAGUGCCAUACC